UGGGAUUUCUUUCAGACUAAUAGUGGAUGGAAAUAUGGUGUUUCACUGGAUGAAAAUAUGAAGACUCACCCAUUAAUAAGACCUUUCAAAACUUUAGCUGAAAAGGAAAAGGAAAUUUAUCGUUGGCCUGCCAGAGAAUCAUUGAAAACCAUGUUGGCCUUGGGAUGGAACCUAGAAAGGACCAAGGAAGGAGGAGAAGCAAUAAUACAUCAACGUGAAAAUGAAAAAUUCCGCAGCAUAUCUCAAUCCAGUCAGGGAAAUGGGUAUAGCCCGGCACCGCUUGAUCUCUCUAAUGUGGCACUUUCUAGGGAGCUUCAGGGAAUGGUUGAGGUAAUGGCAGAAAACUAUCAUAAUAUAUGGGCCAAAAAGAAGAAAAUGGAGUUGGAAAGUAAAGGUGGAGGUAGUCAUCCUUUAUUGGUACCUUAUGACACAUUGACAGCCAAGGAGAAAUCAAGGGACCGUGAAAAGGCACAAGAGCUGUUUAAAUUCCUUCAAGUCAAUGGUAUAAUCAUAUCUCGGGGGCUGAAUGACAUGGAGUUGGAUGCAUCAUCCAUGGAAAAGAGGUUUGCAUUUAAGUUUCUGAAGAAAAUUUUAAAAUAUGUUGAUUCUGCUCAAGAGUUUAUUGCGCAUUUGGAAGCCAUUGUAACCAGUGGAAAAACUGAAAAAUCUCCACAUGACCAAGAAAUAAAAUUCUUUGCUAAAGUUCUUUUACCAUUAGUUGAUCAGUACUUUACAAAUCACUGCCUCUACUUCCUGUCUUCUCCGACAAAAACCCUCAGUAGCAGUGGAUAUGCAUCAAAUAAGGAGAAGGAAAUGGUAGCAAGCCUGUUCUGCAAACUAGCUGCUCUUGUUAGACAUAGGAUCUCACUUUUUGGUAGUGAUUCUGCUACAAUGGUGAACUGUCUCCACAUCUUAGCUCAGUCUCUUGACACACGAACUGUUAUGAAAUCAGGAUCUGAGCUUGUUAAAGCAGGACUGCGUGCCUUUUUUGAAAAUGCAGCUGAAGACUUGGAAAAAACUUCAGAAAAUCUUAAACUUGGAAAAUUUACUCAUUCACGAACACAAAUUAAGGGUGUUUCACAGAAUAUCAAUUAUACUACAGUAGCACUGUUACCGAUCUUAACAUCAAUUUUUGAACAUAUUUCACACUAUCAAUUUGGGAUUGAUUUACUUUUGGAUGAUGUACAAGUUUCGUGUUACAGAAUUCUUUGUAGCCUCUAUUCUCUUGGAACUGGAAAGAACAUCUAUGUUGAAAGGCAGCGUCCCGCACUUGGUGAGUGUUUAGCAUCUCUUGCAGCAGCUAUUCCAGUAGCAUUCCUUGAACCUUCUCUCAACCAUUACAAUCCAUUGUCUGUUUUCAACACAAAAAGUUCAAGAGAAAGGGCAAUUUUAGGUAUGCCCGAUACAGUAGAAGAGAUGUGUCCAGAGAUCCCUCAGCUGGAUGGUCUAAUAAAGGAAAUUAAUGAUUUAGCAGAGUCUGGUGCAAGGUAUACUGAAAUGCCUCAUGUAAUCGAGGUUAUUUUACCCAUGCUAUGCAACUAUUUAUCCUACUGGUGGGAAAGAGGGUCUGAGAGUGUUUCUCAAAGUGCUGGACCUUGCUGUACAAUGAUAACAUCUGAGCAUCUGAGUAUCAUUCUUGGAAACAUUCUGAAAAUCAUUAACAACAAUCUGGGAAUAGAUGAAGCAUCUUGGAUGAAAAGAAUUGCAGUUUAUGCUCAACCCAUCAUCAGCAAAGCCAGAUCUGAUCUGCUCAGAUCUCACUUUAUUCCAACACUGGAGAAAUUGAAGAAGAAAGCUAUAAAGAUUGUGAUGGAAGAAGAGCAGCUGAAAGCAGAUAAUAAAACUGACACCCAAGAAGCUGAGCUACUCAUUCUCGAUGAGUUUGCUGUACUUUGUAGAGACCUUUAUGCCUUCUAUCCAAUGUUGAUACGUUAUGUAGAUAACAACAGAGCCAAUUGGCUAAAGAAACCAGAUGCAGAUUCUGAUGAACUCUUUCGAAUGGUAGCCGAAGUUUUUAUCCUGUGGUGUAAAUCACAUAAUUUCAAAAGAGAAGAACAAAAUUUUGUGAUUCAGAAUGAAAUCAACAAUUUGGCAUUUUUAACAGGAGACACCAAGAGCAAGAUGUCUAAAGCCAUGCAAGUAAAGUCUGGAGGACAAGAUCAAGAGAGGAAGAAAUCAAAACGUAGAGGGGAUUUGUACUCCAUACAAACAUCUUUGAUUGUGGCUGCACUUAAAAAGAUGCUUCCUAUUGGUUUGAAUAUGUGUACUCCUGGAGAUCAAGAGCUCAUCUCUUUGGCCAAAACUAGAUACAGCCAUAGGGACACGGAUGAUGAAGUCAAAGAACAUUUACGUAACAACUUACAUUUGCAGGAAAAGUCUGAUGAUCCAGCUGUGAAAUGGCAGUUAAAUCUGUACAAAGACAUUUUGAAGAGUGAUGGACCUACUGACCCUGAGAGAAAUGUGGAGCGUGUACAGAGAAUAUCAGCUGCUCUGUAUCAUCUGGAGCAGGUUGAGCAACCACUGAGAUCAAAAAAAGCUGUUUGGCACAAACUCCUGUCAAAACAACGCAAAAGGGCUGUUGUUGCAUGUUUCAGAAUGGCACCAUUAUACAACCUGCCAAGGCACCGUUCUAUUAACCUCUUCCUCAAUGGCUAUCAGAACUUUUGGAUAGAAACAGAGGAAUAUUCAUUUGAGGAGAAACUAGUUCAGGAUUUGGCUACAUGUCCAAAAAAAGGUGAAGAGGAAGAAGAAGAGACUGAGAAAAAAAAUCCUGAUCCGCUUCAUCAGAUUAUCCUCUAUUUCAGUCGCAGUGCUCUCACAGAGAGAAGCAAAAUAGAAGAUGAUCCUUUAUAUAUUGCCUAUUCUGCCAUGAUGGCAAAAAGCUGUCAGGAAGAAGAAGAGGAAGAAGAGGAAAAAGAAAAGACAUUUGAGGAGAAAGAAAUGGAAAAACAGAGAACUCUCUAUCAGCAAGCUCGCUUACAUGAUCGUGGAGCUGCUGAGAUGGUUCUUCAGAUGAUAAGUGCAAGUAAAGGUCAUACAGGACCGAUGGUUGUUGAAACACUAAAACUUGGUAUUGCUAUUCUAAAUGGUGGAAACACCAUAGUUCAACAGAAAAUGCUGGACUACCUGAAGGAGAAAAAGGAUGCUGGAUUUUUUCAAAGUCUCUCUGGUUUGAUGCAGUCCUGCAGUGUUCUUGACUUGAAUGCGUUUGAGAGACAGAAUAAAGCAGAAGGCCUGGGAAUGGUUACUGAAGAAGGAACUCUCAUCGUUCGUGAGCGUGGUGAAAAAGUCUUGCAACAUGAUGAAUUUACUCGAGAUCUAUUUAGAUUUUUGCAAUUGCUCUGUGAAGGACAUAAUAAUGAUUUUCAAAAUUACCUACGUACUCAGAUGGGCAACACCACAACAGUGAAUAUUAUCAUUAGUACAGUUGACUAUCUCUUGCGCCUUCAGGAAUCCAUCAGUGAUUUCUAUUGGUACUAUUCAGGAAAGGAUGUCAUUGAUGAAUCAGGACAACGUAACUUCUCUAAAGCUUUGGCUGUCACCAAACAAAUAUUCAAUUCCCUUACAGAAUAUAUCCAGGGCCCUUGCAUAGGUAAUCAACAGAGUCUGGCUCAUAGUAGGCUGUGGGAUGCAGUUGUUGGUUUUCUUCAUGUCUUUGCCAAUAUGCAAAUGAAACUUUCACAGGACUCUGCUCAGAUUGAAUUGCUUAAGGAACUGCUAGAUCUGCUAAAGGAUAUGGUAGUGAUGCUCUUGUCACUGCUUGAAGGUAACGUUGUAAAUGGAACUAUCGGGAAACAAAUGGUAGACACACUUGUAGAAUCAUCUAGCAAUGUAGAAAUGAUUUUGAAGUUCUUUGAUAUGUUCCUCAAGUUAAAAGAUUUGACUAACUCAGAUGCUUUCAAGGAGUAUGACCCCGAUGGUAAAGGAAUCAUUUCAAAGAAGGAAUUUCAGAAAUCAAUGGAGGCUCAAAAACAAUACAUACAGUCAGAGAUUGAAUUCCUGUUGUCCUGUACAGAAGCUGAUGAAAACGAUAUGUUUAACUAUGUUGACUUCGUGGAAAGAUUCCAUGAACCAGCGAAAGACAUUGGAUUUAAUGUAGCAGUAUUGCUAACAAACCUUUCAGAGCACAUGCCUAAUGAUUCACGCCUUCAGAGCUUGCUUGAACCGGCAGAAAGUGUUCUCAAUUACUUUGAGCCAUACCUUGGCCGUAUUGAAAUAAUGGGUGGGGCCAAGAAAAUAGAAAGAGUUUACUUUGAAAUCAGUGAAUCCAGUAGAAUGCAGUGGGAGAAGCCACAGGUAAAGGAAUCCAAAAGACAGUUCAUAUUUGAUGUUGUAAAUGAAGGAGGAGAGCAAGAAAAAAUGGAACUCUUUGUGAAUUUCUGUGAAGACACAAUCUUUGAAAUGCAGUUAGCAUCCCAGAUCUCUGAAACAGAUUCACCUGAGAGGCCUGAGGAAGAGGAAGAAGCAGAGCCUGCUUUUGUAGUGGAUAUUGGAGAUGAUGAGGAAGAAGAAAAGUCCCUGGAACCUGCUUCAGCUUUUGCAGUAGCUUGUGUUGCAGUGAAGAAGAAUGUUGCCAACUUUUUUAAAAUGGUCACUGUGAAGAAUCUAAGGAAACAAUAUAGGAAAGUUAAAAAAAUGUCAGUAAAAGAGAUGGUGAAAAUGUUUUUCUCCUUUUUCUGGAUCCUAUUUGUAGGGAUGUUCCAGCUGUUCUUUUCUAUAGUGUGGGGAAUUUUCCAGAUUUUAUGGAGCACUGUAUUUGGGGGUGGCUUGGUUGAAGGAGCCAAAAACAUAAAAGUUACUAAAAUAUUAGGAGAUAUGCCUGAUCCAACACAGUUUGGAAUCCAUGAUGAUGUUAUGGAAGCAGAAAAAGCUGAAGGUGCUGAGCAUGGUAUCAAAGCUGAACUUCUGCAGUUUGUGAAGGGUGAAAAGGGAGAGACUGACAUAAUUGCAGACAUUUUUGGCAUUCAUACAAAGAAAGAAGGUGGAUCAAAAUAUUGUCAUGAUGCUGGACUUGGAGAUAUUGCAGAAAUUCUUGCUGCUGAGAUCCAGCCAUCUUUGGAAAAUGCAGUUCAUAAGAAAAAAGGAUUACAGAUAUCUGAACUUGCAAAAGAAGCUGGAACACAAAGAAAAGCAGAAGCUGAGAAGGCCGACAUGGAAGAUGGUGAGAAACAAGAUAAAGCAAAGGAAGUACAAUCUGAGCAGCUAGAAGAUGGAAAAAUGAAGAAAAAGAAGCGAAGGCAUGGACAGAAAAUUGAGAAACCAGAGGCUGUUAUGGCUAACUUCUUCAAAGCUUUGGAAAUUUAUCAAACAAAAAUGCUUCACUACUUGGCAAGAAAUUUUUAUAACUUAAGGUUUCUUGCUCUAUUUGUUGCAUUUGCCAUCAACUUUAUUCUUCUAUUUUACAAGGUGACAGAAGAGCCAGUUGAUGAAGUAGAGGAAGACUCUACUCUCUGGAACUCUUUUGCUGAAGAGGAAGAAGAGGAGGGCAUGGUGUUUUUUGUUUUAGAAGAAAGUACAGGUUAUAUGGCACCUGCUCUCAGAGCACUGGCAGUUAUUCAUACUAUUAUAUCCUUUGUCUGUGUGAUUGGAUACUAUUGCUUAAAGGUCCCUCUGGUUGUAUUCAAGAGAGAAAAGGAGGUAGCUAGGAAACUGGAAUUUGAUGGACUAUACAUAACUGAACAGCCAACUGAGGAUGAUAUCAAAGGACAAUGGGAUCGCCUCGUUAUAAAUACUCCGUCCUUCCCUAACAAUUACUGGGACAAAUUCGUAAAACGAAAGGUUAUUAACAAGUAUGGAGACUUAUAUGGAGCAGAGCGCAUCGCAGAGCUCUUGGGUUUGGACAAAAGUGCCCUUGAUUUUAGUCCUGUGGAAGAGAGCAAACCCGAAGAGGCAUCUCUUGUAUCAUGGUUAAGCUCCAUUGAUACAAAGUACCACAUUUGGAAGCUUGGAGUUGUUUUCACUGAUAAUUCAUUUUUAUACUUGGCUUGGUACACGACUAUGUCUAUCCUUGGACACUACAACAACUUCUUCUUUGCUGCCCAUCUGCUGGAUAUUGCUAUGGGUUUUAAGACACUGAGAACCAUUUUGUCUUCAGUCACUCACAAUGGCAAACAGCUUGUGCUUACUGUGGGACUCCUCGCUGUAGUAGUAUAUCUUUACACGGUUGUGGCAUUCAACUUCUUCCGCAAAUUCUACAACAAAAGUGAAGAUGAAGAUGAACCAGACAUGAAAUGUGAUGACAUGAUGACGUGUUACCUGUUCCACAUGUAUGUGGGUGUAAGAGCUGGUGGUGGCAUUGGAGAUGAAAUUGAGGAUCCUGCUGGAGAUCCUUAUGAAAUUUAUCGAAUUGUCUUUGACAUCACAUUUUUCUUCUUUGUCAUUGUUAUCCUACUGGCCAUUAUUCAAGGUCUGAUUAUUGAUGCUUUUGGUGAAUUAAGAGACCAGCAAGAACAAGUGAGAGAAGACAUGGAGACCAAAUGUUUUAUUUGUGGAAUCGGCAAUGACUAUUUUGACACAACCCCACAUGGGUUUGAAACACAUACUUUGCAAGAACAUAACUUGGCAAACUACCUGUUUUUCUUAAUGUAUCUAAUUAACAAGGAUGAAACUGAGCAUACUGGCCAGGAGUCAUUUGUGUGGAAGAUGUACCAAGAAAGAUGUUGGGAUUUUUUCCCAGCAGGGGACUGCUUCCGAAAACAGUAUGAGGAUCAACUUGGCUAA